AUGCAGUCUUGCAAAGCAGAGGAAAGGCCAAAAAAUCCCCGCGAAACUGCAAAUCCAUUAUCUUCACUCAUGUUCUGUUUCGUAAUGCCAUUAUUUUUUAAAGGUCGCAAGAAAAUCUUAAACGAAAGUGAUCUCUAUCAGGCGCUAAAAGAGCACAAAUCCGAUUAUCUUGGCUAUAAAUUGAACAGUGCCUGGGAGGAGGAAUGCAUUCGAAGGCAACAGAAACACCAGAAACCCAGUCUAUUGAAAACGUUACUGCGUGUAUUUGGCUUACGUUUCGCCGCGUUGGGCGUUGUGCUCUUCACAUUGGAAAUUGGUUUGCGAGUAACUCAGCCGUUGUUCCUUGGCGGUUUAGUUUCAUAUUAUGCGAAACGUGACAACAGAAAUAACAACUACAACUACAACAGUAAUGGAAAUGAUAAACAAAUGACAGCAUAUUUAUAUGCGAUCGGUGUAAUCGUAUGCAGUGCUGCUAAUGUCCUUCUAAUGCACCCUUACAUGUUAGGCAUACUGCACGUGGGCAUGAAAAUUCGCGUGGCCAUGUGCAGCAUGAUAUAUCGUAAGGCAUUGCGCCUAAGUAAGACAGCUCUGGGCAAUACAACAUCCGGUCAAGUAGUUAAUUUAAUAUCGAAUGAUGUCGGUCGCUUAGAUACCUCCGUUAUACAUAUGCACUAUAUGUGGUUGGGACCAGUCGAAAUUGGUAUCAUAACCUAUUUAAUGUAUAGAGAAAUUGGUGUCUCUUCAUUAUUUGGUGUAGCGAUAAUGAUACUCUUUUUACCAUUGCAAGCGUAUUUGGGUAAAAAAACUUCAGUUUUACGUUUACGCACCGCUUUACGUACCGACGAACGAGUUCGCCUUAUGAACGAGAUUAUAUCGGGUAUACAAGUGAUUAAAAUGUACGCGUGGGAGAUACCUUUCAGUAAAAUGAUCAAACACACUCGACAUAAGGAAAUGAAUGCGAUACGCUAUGUGAACUAUAUACGUGGCAUACUUCAGUCAUUUAUAAUGUUUUUAACACGUAUUUCGGUUUUUGCGAGUUUAGUCGGUUUCGUUCUAUUAGGUCGACUAUUGACCGCGGAGAAAGCAUUCGUUAUUACUGCCUAUUAUAAUAUAUUGCGUACGACAAUGACCGUUUAUUUUCCAAUGGGUAUAUCACAAUUUGCUGAAACUUUGGUCUCGAUUAAACGGAUUCAAAAAUAUAUGAUGCACGCCGAGACCAAGACCAAGGUGCGCGAUAUAUCUCACGAGGUGGAUAGCGAGAAUAACAAAUUGCAGCCAUCUCUUGUCACGGGAGAGAAUGGCAAAGGGAUAACUUUAAAUGGUACAAGUAAACCUAUAACUAUAGGUGCAACAAAUGGUAAUGGUAAUCAUCAUCAUCAUCAUCAUCAUAUCGAAACGGGUGUAGUGAUCAAUAAAUUGAAAGCUAAAUGGGAUCAUAAAUCUUGCGAGCAUACCUUGGAAAAUAUUAAUUUAAAAAUAAAAUCGCGUACUUUAGUGGCCAUUAUCGGACCAGUAGGUUCAGGAAAAUCAAGUUUAAUACAAGCGAUUUUGGGUGAAUUGCCCGCUGAAGUGGGUUCAGUUGUCGUGCAUGGAUCAUUGUCUUAUGCCUCGCAAGAGCCCUGGCUAUUUACUGGUACGGUACGUCAGAAUAUUUUAUUCGGUUUACCAAUGGAUAGGCAACGCUAUCGUACAGUUGUCAAAAAAUGCGCUCUAGAACCUGAUUUUGAAUUAUUAGCUUGCGGUGAUAAGACAAUUGUGGGCGAACGCGGCGCCUCGCUUUCUGGUGGCCAAAAAGCUCGUAUCAGUUUGGCCAGAGCUGUUUAUCGCAAGGCCGAUAUUUAUUUACUAGACGAUCCUUUAAGUGCUGUCGACACGCAUGUCGCUCGUCAUUUAUUCGAUCAGUGUAUGCGCGGUUUUCUAAGGGAUGACAUUGUACUGUUGGUUACCCAUCAAUUGCAGUUUCUCGAACAAGCUGAUUUAAUUGUAAUGAUGGAUAAAGGGCGUGUAACCGCAACGGGAACGUUCGAAUCAAUGCGUAAAAGUGGUUUGGAUUUUGCAAAAUUGUUAUUGCAAAGCGAAAAUAUCGAAGAAAGUAAUGGUAGCGCUGGCGACAUGUUGGAGCCAAAAAUGUUAUCCCGUCAUAAUAGUAAAAUGCGAGAUCGUCAAAAUAGUAUAUCGUCAGUUAGCUCUGGAGCCGAAUCUGUGGCCAGCGACACACCCAUGCAAGUGCAAGAAAGUCGAGAUAUUGGUAAAAUCGGCCUGAACCUUUAUAAAAAGUAUUUUGAGUCUAGCGGUGGUUGUUGUAUGUUCUCCGUAAUGGCUUUCUUUUGCAUUGGUGCUCAAGUUUUGGCUUCAGGUGGCGAUUAUUUCCUAUCGUAUUGGGUUAACAAGAAUGGACAGACUGAUAGCAGCCGAUUAAGACGUACACGUUUAAUCGAAAACACAAAUUCCACGGAUCUUUACAUAUUUACCGCUUUAAAUUUUUCGAUUGUGGUAUUCGCUGUAACUCGUAGCUUAUUGUUCUUUAAUUUAGCAAAAAGAUCUUCCAUAUCAUUGCAUAAUGCUAUGUUCCAAGGCGUUACAAGAGCUGCUAUGUAUUUUUUUAACACCAACCCAACUGGCCGUAUAUUGAAUCGUUUUGCAAAGGAUCUGGGUCAAGUCGAUGAAGUUUUGCCCGGCGUUCUAAUGGAUGUUAUACAAAUUUUUUUAGCUCUCCUCGGUAUUGUUAUUGUGCUUUGUCUUGUCAAUCCCUGGUACCUGUUAGCUACCGCUUUAUUGAGCGUUAUUUUUUACUUUUUAAGAUCAUUUUACUUGAAUACUUCGCGGGAUAUUAAACGUUUAGAAGCAAUAGCCCGCUCACCUAUUUACUCACAUUUGGGCGCCUCGUUAAAUGGCUUAUCGACAAUACGAGCUUUUGGAGCUCAACAAAUUCUGAUCGCAGAAUUUGAUAACUAUCAGGACGUGCAUAGCUCCGGUUAUUUCAUGUUUUUGGCUACUAGUCGGGCUUUUGGUUAUUGGUUGGAUUGUUGCUGUGUUUUAUAUAUCGCUGUAAUUACUUUAAGUUUUUUCUUAUUCUCACCGAAAAAUGGUGGCGAUGUCGGAUUGGCUAUUACUCAAGCUAUGGGCCUAACCGGUAUGGUUCAAUGGGGCAUGCGUCAAUCAGCUGAAUUAGAAAAUACCAUGACGGCUGUGGAACGCGUCGUAGAAUAUGAAAAUUUGGAGCCUGAAGGUGAACAAGAAUCUCCGCCCAAUAAAAAACCACCAAAAACAUGGCCCGAACAAGGUAGAAUUCUGUUUGAUAAUCUGAGUUUGCGUUACUUUCCCGACGCGAAGUCGGAACUUGUAUUGAAAUCGUUAAAUUUUGAAAUAAAAUCCUGCGAGAAGAUAGGCAUAGUGGGACGUACCGGGGCUGGCAAAUCGUCAUUAAUUAAUGCUUUAUUUCGUUUAUCUUAUAACAACGGCUCAAUACUUAUUGAUCAGCGAGACACAAAAUGCAUGGGUUUGCACGAUUUACGAAGCAAAAUAUCAAUUAUACCGCAAGAGCCUGUAUUGUUUUCGGGUACAAUGCGCUACAAUUUGGAUCCGUUUGAUGAAUAUUCGGAUGCUAAACUAUGGGAAGCUUUGGAGGAGGUUAAAUUAAAGGAGGUCAUCUACGAAUUGCCAAGCGGUCUACAAAGUAAAAUAUCGGAGGGCGGUUCUAAUUUCAGUGUUGGCCAGAGGCAAUUAGUCUGCUUGGCUCGCGCUAUAUUACGUGAAAAUCGUAUUUUGGUUAUGGACGAAGCCACUGCCAAUGUCGAUCCACAAACGGAUGCCUUAAUACAAACUACCAUACGCAAUAAAUUCAAACAUUGCACUGUACUAACUAUAGCUCACCGUCUACACACUGUCAUGGAUUCGGAUAAAGUUUUGGUUAUGGAUGCCGGUCGAGUAGUUGAAUUUGGUUCACCGUUCGAAUUGCUCACCGAAAGUAAAACAAAUAUAUUCCACGAUAUGGUUAAACAGACAGGAAAUAUUACUUUCGAUAGUCUCUUAAAAGUAGCUCAAAAGGCGCAUGAAGACAAUUUGAAAGCGAAAAGAGAUUCCUGACAGUUCGUUACCGUGCCUAAGGUGUUUAAAGAUUAUUUAUUGAAAAUACUGGAGCCGAUUACAAAUCAUCCGACAAAUGUUAAGAUACAUAAAACAUUCUUUUUAGAAUCAACAAAACCAAAAUUUUUAGGCUAACACUAUACGUAGUGUAAAAAGAAAAAAACAAAACAAAAAAAAAUGCU